UACAUGGUUUUGUAAUUGUUUGCAUUGCAGUACUAACACCACUGAGGAAAUCAGGCUCAGGGGAGGCCUCACUUCAUGGAACUCCCUGAAAGGAGGCUGUAGCCAGGUGGGGGUCGGCCUCUUCUCCCAGGUAACAGUGAUGGGACCAGAGGGAACGGCCUCAAGUUGCAACAGUGGAGGUCCCUGUAGGAUAUUAGGAAGAACAUCUGUGCUGAAAGAGCUGUCGGGCACUGGCACAGCUGCCCGGGGAGAUGGGGAAGUCAGCGUCCAUGGAGGUGCUCCAGAAGCGUGGGGAUGUGGCCCUGAGGGACGCGGGCAGUGGGCAGCUGGGGGGUGGUCGGUGGGACUUGGUGAUCUUAGAGGUCUUUGCCAACCAUAGAGAUUCUGUGAUUCUGUGAGUCAUUGAUUGGAACGAGAGGUAAUCAGUGGCCAACAGCCCACAAGUAAAGCCUGGAGAACAUCACGGCAACACGUAAACACUCUAUUGGAUACUGAUGGAGCCACAGGCCCUGUAGCAUUCAGGUGGGGCCAGGAGGGUGGAUGUGCCGCCCAGUGCCUUCGGCAGCACCAACACGCCGGGUUCCAGAAGGGCUGCGUCCGGCAAGAGCCGCCGCCCUCCUGCUUGGGUGUCCUCAGCCCUGUGAGGUGUGAUGGCAACACAGAGGGUGGCACGGAACGGCCAUUGUGACUUGCGGGCUGUGGAACAGAGCUGAGGCUGCAGGGCUCAGGCCCAGCUCAGUGCGACUUGGUGAGGUGAGCAGGGAGGAAGGGGCUGCCUGAGGCUGCCGAGGGAGGGAGGAGGGUUCCCCAGCGCUCAGGGGCCUGAGCUGCCAACUCAUCCUCGUCCUGCUUCUCCCAUAGGUUGGCACACAGAGGACAAAGCCUGGUUUUGCUGGGACAGACACUCUGCGAGUGCUCGCCAUUUGUUCACAUGAUGUCUGAGGGGACACAGGAGGCCGCCGGCUCGACUGAGCUAGCAUGCGUGCUCUGUGGCCAAGUGGAUGACAAGCCAUCCAUCUUCGGCAAGAGAUACGAGAUGUAUGGGCUGUGUUUCCAUGCAUAUUGUGUGGGAUUUGCCAACGGUCUUUGCCAACAUGGCAUAGACAAUCAAAACAGGGGACUUUUCCACAUUGAACACCUCAUUGACUUGAUGAGGGUGGCAGCGCAGAAGCUUUGCUUCGUCUGCGGCAAAAUGGGGGCCAGCGUCACCUGCGCAGAGCCGGGCUGCACGCGGAGCUUCCAUUUCCCCUGUGCCCGAGAGGGUCAAUGUGUCACCCAGCACUUUGGAGACCACAGGUCCUUCUGCUGGGAGCACCUCCCGCACCAGCCAGUGGAGACAGCACCGAUGCAGGACACCACCUGCAUCAUCUGCUUGGAGCCCGUGGGUGACAGCAGGUCAUAUGUCACCAUGGUGUGCCCAGCCUGCCAGCACGCCUGGUUCCACCGGGCCUGCAUCCAGAAAAUGGCCAAGAGCGCUGGGCUUCGCUGUUUCCAGUGCCCUCUCUGCCGAGACAGAGAGAGGUUCGUGCAGGAAAUGCUCAACUUGGGGAUCUACAUCCCAGUCAGGAAACCCAAGUGGGAGCGCAACCGUGCCUACGCAGCACUGGGAGUUCGGCACAGACGCUGCGAUGCCAGCGACUGCCGUCACCCCCAUGGCAGGGAGCAGAGAGAGGGAGAGGGGCCCUGGCAGCUGCUCCUCUGCAGCUCCUGCGCUGCACAAGGCACGCACCGACUGUGCUCCAACCUGAGUCCCAGCACCACCAGCUGGGACACCAACGUGCGCCAAAGUGUGCUGGAGAGGCACCGGUAA